AUGUUACAAUCUACAAGAGUAUCAGUGUUAGUCAAUAGAGGGCCUGAAGGUUACUUUAAAGUUGGUAGAGGCUUAAGACAAGGUGAACUACUGUCACCCGUCCUUUUUGUUAUUGAUGAAGAUAUUCUUAGCAGAAAUAUUACAAAAAUGAUUCAAGAUGGCAGUUUGAAAGCUAUAGUGAAUAGAGGAGGUGUGCAACCUUCACACAUUUUCUUUGCAGAUAACAUCUUUCUAUUUUGUAAUGGUGAAAAAAGGAAUGUUAGAAAGAUAAUGAAUCUUCUUAAAAAGUAUCAAGGUGCAUCAGCGCAACAAGUUAACUUGGAGAAAAGUAAGUGCUUCAUGGGUGGUACUUGCCAAAAUAGAAGAGUGCAAAUUUCUGAAGAAUGUAAUGUUGUUUUGGCUGAUUUCCCAGACAAGUAUUUGGGGGUAAUGUUGAUGCAAGGAAAUGUUAAAACUCAACAUGUUUUGAGUGUGGUGGAUAUGAUGCAAGAUAGAUUGGCUGGUUGGAAAGGAAUAAAGUGGAUGAUAGGGGAAGUGGAGGAAAACACUAGAUGGAUUGUUGGUGAUGGAAGUAAUAUCUCUUCUUGGAAGGAUAAAUGGGUGAUGAAGAAAACAUUGCAAGAAUUAUACCCUGACAAUGCUUAUAUGCUACAGUUUCCAAAUAUGAGAGUGUCAGACUUUAUACUUGAUGGUGAAUGGAUUGUGCCAACUGAGCUCAUGGAAAUGAUUAAUAUAAGUGAUUUACCAGUAGUGAGUGAAAUAGGAGACAAGAGAAUAUGGACUGGAACUAUCACAAGACAUUUUACAGUAGCUUCAGCAGUGGAAGUCAUGAGACAUAAAUUUCCUCCUCUUCAUUGGACAAAAAAGGUAUGGUACAAAUCUAUUCAUCCUAGUAUUUCUAGUAAUAUUUGGAAACUAGGAAGAAAUAUUUGUGCAACUGAUGAUAAUGAGAAGAAGAGAAAGUUCCACAUAGUAUCAAGAUGCAUAUUGUGCAGGAAAAGGGAGGAAACAAAAGACCAUAUGCUUUGGUAUUGUGAUUAUAGUGAGAUCAUUUGGAGCUGGCUUGGUGGAAUUUUUAACUUUAAAAAUACAAGAUCUUUUGAUGAUAUAUUUCAACUGGCAAAAAACAAGAGUCCAGCUAUCAAAGAAAUAUGGUUGUUGAGUGCAUUUGUCACUAUGAAGGAACUCUGGUUCUUGAGAAAUGAUUGCGCUUAUGGUAAUGGAAAAUGUAAUCUCAAUGAUACUAAGAAGAGGAUAAUGAAAGCCAUAUCUGACUGUGAUAUAAGAAUGAAAGCACAUAUGUGGAAUAGUCAAUAUGAUCUUCAAGUACUCAAAAGAUUUGGAUUAAAGACCUGA